CUUUGUUCUCGCCGCACGUUCAAAUCUUGCCAGUCUAUCCUUGCCCCCCCUUUCUAGGGUCUCCAACCAAUCCGGCUUUCUUCUCCCUCUUCGGUCUUUCGUCAUAAUGGGUUACGCAAUCCUGCCCGCGUUAAUACCGGACCUACUUUAAAGCGUUCAAAGGUGACGUUAUGGGAGACAUCAUGGUCAAAAUACUGCUCCCAGGCGGAGUAGACUCUGAAGAGUUUCGUAAAGCUCAAACCGCGGGCACUCUAUCGUGGUGGCACCACAACGACUGCCAAUACACAUACAAGUGUGUCGACACCGACACAGGGGAGGUCGUUGGCAUGGCUUUGGGUAAUAUCUAUCUCAAAGAACGGAGUGAAGAAGAGCGUAAAAAUCACGGUGUAGGCUGGCUCGAGGGAGCGGCCAGAGAGCGUGCCGAGGCGGUUCUCAAGCCGCUUCACGAUGUCAGAGAAAGGCUGUUUGGCCGGCGACGGUACAUCUACGCCCACGUUAUUGCCGUGGAUCCGAAACAUCAGGACAGAAAGGCUGGUGCCCUCUGGCGUAAGUGGGGGAUUGAGCUCAGCAACAGCCUGGGGAUCCCCAUCUACUUCGAAUUGUCACCCUCGACCUACCAGCUGUACGAGAAAAUGGGUUACGAGACCCUGGAAGAGAAGAUCAUCCACAAGGCGGAGCUGAUUGGCACAGCCGAGGACAUUGAGGUGCCUCUCAUGGUCAAGAUGCCCGCUUGUGCUGGGGGCAUGGCAUUCAAGGAAUGGCGCAGCUCUCCCUUCAGGGAGGUCAAAGAAGGGUUGGUUACUCCCGUGAUCCAGGUCUCGGGAGGUGCAGGCUUUAAGAAUCGGAGGCAUAUGUGGCGACGGCAUCUUCGGUGCAGGCAACAACGAUUAUGUAUCGGAUGA